AUGGGUAAGGUGAUAUGGACGGAAAUGGAAAAGGAAUGGAAGAAAGAAAAUAGCUCUGGAACAACAAUGAACUGGGAGAUACAAGGUCAAUCCAAUGCUCAACCUACUUUGGGCAUCCUCCCGAUAGAAGAAUCACCGAUGGACCUCUCCGAAGAUAUACAACGCCUUAUAUUAGACGAAAGCUAUGACGAAGAUCAGGAUGAGUAUAGUGAUGACGACAGAGCCCAAAAAAAUCAAGUGUUUGUAACUGAAUUGCGAAUAUGGGCUCUGAAGCAUAAAAUUCCACACAUUGCUUUAAAUGAUUUAUUACAAACCUUACGCAAAACCACUAAUUUUUACCUUCCUAAAGAUUCCAGAGCAUUUUUGAACCCAGUUGGCGUAGGAAAAGAACUAGUGUCUGUAGCCGGUGGACAAUUUUGGUAUCAAGGAAUCGAAAUUUCUUUACAACAAUUCUUCCGAGUCAUGCCGCUAAGUACAGAUUCCUUGGUGUUAAAUUUUUCAAUGGAUGGUCUUCCGUUGCAUAAUAGUGGAACAACACAAUUUUGGCCAAGUCUAAUGCAGCUUAACGGCGUACCAGAUGUUCCAAUAAUGGUUAUUGGAAUAUUUUGCGGAACAACGAAACCCGAUAACGCCGAAGAAUAUCUCCGUCCUUUUGCUUCGGAGCUUAACAACGUCCUUGACCAAGGAGUCAUCAUAAAAGAAACACGUAUAACUGUUGCACUUAGAGCAAUAAUUGCAGACACCCCUGCCCGAGCGUUAAUCAAAGGAGUUGUAGGCCAUAACGGAUAUCAUGCUUGCCAGAAAUGCAAAAUUGUGGGCAAACAUUUUCAAAGGAGGAUGAUAUUUGAAGGAACAGCAGAAGACCGUACCGACGCCGAAUUUCGAAGUGGAGCGUAUAGCAUUGGACACCAAAAACGCCCAACACCAUUGCUGGAUAUUAAGGGUAUCGAUAUAAUAAGAGAUAUACCAGUAGCGGAUGACCUACAUCUGCUAUAUUUGGGCAUAAUGAAAAGUUUACUUCUAGGCUACACACUAGGGACACUUAAGCCGUUCAAAAAAUGGUCAGAAGAUGAGCAAGAAGAGAUUUCAAAUUUGCUAGUUAGGAUUAAACUACCGGUAGAAUUUCAAAGAGCAACUAGAUCGCUUAAGUUUAUAAAGUUUUGGAAAGGUUCGGAAUUCCGUACGUUUUUGCUCCAUAUUAGUAUAGUUUUACUAAAAGGCAGGAUCAGUGACAGCGCAUAUCACCAUUUCAAACUUUAUUUUAUGGCAGUAACAAUACUUUCUACUACAUAUUACAAACAAUAUUGGAAUUACGCGGGAAUACUGCUCAGUCAAUUUGUAGAAGAUUUUAGUAUCAUUUAUGAUAAGAGAUUUUUAACUUGUAAUGUUCACAACCUUUUACAUGUAGCAGCAGAUGUUAAAAAUUUCGGACCACUUCCAACAAUUUCAUCGUUCCCUUUCGAAAACAAACUACAACACAUAAAGCGAUUAGUUCGAACAGGGCAUAGUUGUUUGAGUCAAGUAGUAGGAAGAUUAGUGGAACUCCGGGAAGUAGAAAUAGUUAGUGAGAAGGAGAAAAUUAAUUACCCGUUAAUAAAAACCAAGCAGGAAGAAACAAUAUUACAUGUUAGGGCAGGUUUUAUUCUAAGACAGGGCAACAGAAACGGAUGGUUUCUAACGAAAACUAAUGGGAUAGUUCGAUACGGUAGGGCAACCGAAGCAGCAGGAUUAUUUGUUAUUGAGGGUCAUCAAAUUUUAAGAAAAAAAGCAGCGUUCUCUUAUCCCCGUAGUUCAGACAUAAUUUUCAAUUAUACAGCAACCAUAGAAGAUCUGUCGUCUGAAUCCGCCUCGACACUCACACCACACGGCUUCUCCUGA